GCCACACGGCAGCGACGAUCUGGGUCAGUGAGUCACGCGCACUGUUCCGAGAGGGUGUGCGGCGACACGACGACAUGACGACCGUCUCCGAGAUCCUGUCUUACGACAAGUCGGCCCAUGACGAUUAUUACGCCCUGUUGGGAUGCGACCAGACGUCCACAGUCGAGCAAAUAACCACCGAGUUUAAAGUAAGGGCCCUACAGUACCAUCCAGAUAAAAAUGCCGGUGACAAAAAGUCUGAAGAACUAUUUCAGAAACUAAAUGAAGCCAAAGAAACGCUUUGCAAUCCUGAGAAACGAGCUACUUACGACAAAUGGAAAAACAGUGGCGUGGCAGUCAACUACAAGACCUGGUUGAGCAAUAAAGAACAUUUUCAUCAGUCAAUGCACUGGGCCAACAUGAAAACUAAAGACAGGAUGUUACCAAGUGGAGAAGGGCCGUCGGCAGGGUCAGUAGCGUCAAGAAGAGCUUCCGAAGGAGGAGUGAACUUAGGCGCCAGUAAUGUCAAGUGGGAUGCAAAAUCUAACGCAGAUAUUAUCAACAAAUUCCGCAAUUAUGAAAUAUAAAAUUGUGUUAUUACUGUUGAGAUGUCUACACAAACAUCGCUUCAUUUUCCACUGUUAUAUCCAAACAUCACUGAAAUUAUUUUUUUGUCACCUAAUACUCAUGUCAAAAUUACUUAUCUGUAUUGACAAUUAAAGUUUCAUAUUUUUGUGAAACAAAUUAUACAUUCCAUGUAACACAUUUAUGAAACACGCGACAUCUUGCAGUUCGCACAUUUUGGGUGUACACUUUACAACGUAUUAAUAUAAAGAAUUUUAUUUUUAAGGCAUAAUCAGGGAUUUAAUUUAUGUUUAUCUUAAUUGUUUACCUUGGGUACCCAACCUUCGAAUUUACGAGGCCUUCGAAAAAAAUGUUUGCUGUUAUUAUUUUCUAGUCAUUUUAAUAAUUAUUUAUUUUUCCAUGUGACAUUUAUAUUAAAAUUAAAUGAUUGUAAUUUUUAAAUUGAAAUCAAAUAAUCAUUACAAUGUGAUAGUAUUGCCAUUAAAGCACACAUUCAUUAAAUAUAGAAGAACUAAAUAAUUUUGACAAAUAAUUAUUGUUUGUCUAUAAUUGUAUUUCAAUACUAUUUAGCUGUAGAAUUGCGUAUAUAUUUUGUUUAAAGGUUUUAGAUUAAAACUAAAAAUACCUAUUUUUCUUUGUAUGGCUGAAAAUAUAGACAUUCAAAAAAUAGAUUUAUUUUGUC